AUGACAAACGCUGCAGUUAUUCAAUUCGAAUCUAAAGAUAAAAUGUUGAAAACUACGCAAUCCAAGAGAUUUAAACUGCCAAUUCUUGGUAUUGUAUUUAUUUUUGGAAUGCUAACCGUUGCACUUUCUAUCACGAUUCUUGUGAAAAUUAACAAGAUAUUUUCUGGAAAUCCACUCGGCAGUGAUGAAAAACUAAUGAUGAACUCAAAAGCAUUACGACAAUCAGCUAAUUCUGAUCUGGCUGCAUCGAUUCAUAUUGAUGAAGUCAUGAGUUACCUCAACGGAUUACAACGCAUCGGUAAAGCUGAGCAUGGUACACGUGCUGUCGGUACAUCGGGAUUUAAUGCAACUUUGGACUUUAUUAGAAGUUAUCUAACUGCUAACACCAAUUAUAAGGUGACAACGAGUGUCUUCAGUGUCAUACAGACUGCACUAGCUCGUGAACCCAUCUUGAUGUCGUCGAUAAAUGGUAAUGUAGUCAAUCAUACAUAUUCGGCGAGUGCAUCAAGCACUGAAUUCUACUAUGUGCAGCAUACGAGAUCGGCAAAUUUUAGCGACUAUGUUGACCUUACUGUUAUACCGAAUGUGGGAUGUUCAGAUGCGGAUUGGCGCAAGGCAAGUCCACCACCAGCUGGUAGAGUAGUGUUAGUUAAACGCGGUGACUGUACUUUUGUGGAAAAGGGUGAACUCGCUUCAAAAUAUAAGGCUGCUGCUCUUCUUUUGUAUAACGAUGGUACAGCACCUGAUCGUAUGGCGCCUUUGUUUGUUACUCUUGGUGAAAAUAAUACAUUGCCUGCACUUUUUCUGUCAUUUGAUCUUGGACAAAAACUUGCUACUGCUGCUACUGAAAUGAGAGCAGGAAAUGUUCGUGCCAAACUCAACAUUGUUCGACGCAGUGAUUUUCCAAUUUUAUCUGCUAAUAUUUGCGCAGAUACUCCAACAGGUGAUCCAACACAGACGAUUGUCAUUGGUAGUCAUAGUGAUAGUGUAACUGACGGAGUAGGCAUCAAUGAUAAUGGUAGCGGUACUGCAGCGAAUCUAGCACUUGCUGUCACCUUAGCUCGUCUUUUUCGAUCACCAGCAUAUCCGAAAUAUAAAUACCGAGUCCGUUUUUGUUGGUGGGGCGCUGAAGAAUUAGGUCUUCUCGGUUCUGACUUUCAUGUUAAACAAGCAAAAACACUCAAUACUAUUGGUGACCGUCUUUCUGAUUAUUUGAUUAACCUCAAUUAUGAUAUGCUCGGCUCUCCUAAUUAUAUAUUUGGUAUCUAUGAUGGUCGUACAGCUAACAAUGCAACACCGCCAGAAGCUCUUCCAGGAAGUAACAAAAUUACAGCUGUAUUUCGAGAUUGGUUUAUUCGACAAAAUUUACCGUGGGACUACACAGAUUUUAGUGGUCGAAGUGAUUAUGGUCCAUUUCUAGCAGAAGGUAUUGUUGCUGGUGGAUUAUUCUCCGGUGGUGAUGAUAUUAAAACACAAAAACAACGUGAUCGUUAUGAUGAAAUACUUGGACAAGGUCUAGGCGGUAUAUCAGGUAUCAUUCAAGAUCCAUGCUAUCACAAAGCGUGUGACUCAAUUCAGAAUAUCAAUUUGUUCGGCUAUGAGAAGAUGGUUCAAGCAGCCGCUUAUGCUUUAGAAUAUUUAGGUCGACAACAUGAUUUGAAAACCUGGCUGUAUCCAUCGAUUGAAGUUCAACAUGUACAUGCUCGAUCACAAAAACUACAACAAAAAAUAGUCCAAGAGUACAAUUCAAUGAAUGAACACUAUGAUAUCUUUUUUUCUGCAUAA